GUUGCCUACAGCUCGACCAAUUGACAUCGGGGACGCCAGAAUCAUCGUCCAAACAACACCACAAUUACCUCUGCCUCACGCUUUCAUUAUUCUCUGUCCUACUAAAAAUUUCUAAAUCUCCCCCAAAAAAAGGAGAGAGAGAGAGAGAGAGAGGAUCUUUCAGUCUCAUGACUCCAUAACCACUAUUCACUUGCUCAAGCUAGUUUUGCCGGUGGUGAAUUCUCAUAUACUCUCAACACAGGUGAUCUGAGUGAAUUGUUUAGUGAUAAUCUGGAAGGCACCCUGAUUGUGUUGUAUAAUGCCAUGGGUCCAGAGUUAGAGCUCAAGGCAAGAUCAGAUGGUGUUACAUCCUCAUGGGGGAAGGAGAAUCGAGUGCUUUCUAUAGAUUCUAAAGAUGAGUACGUGAAGUCUGAAAGCAACUGUGAUGACUGUGCCUUGGAAAUGAGUAACUGUAAUAAGGAUGUGGAAGUUAACAUCACAGGACUUGCAACUUCUGAUGGCAAUGGGCUGGUUGAAGCUGAAGGCCAAGAUGCAACAGACAGUUUCAGUUUGAGUUCUUUUGAUGACACAGAUUCUGACUCUGAAGGUGCUGUAGACACUAGUGAUGCUGAAGUAGGAUCAGGCUUACAUGGUUACAGUUCCUCCUCCCUGGCAGUUGAUCGACUAAAUGACAUAUUCCGGACGAGGAAGAAAAGAUUGACAUCACACUGGAGGACAUUUAUACAACCCCUUAUGUGGCGAUGUAAAUGGGUUGAAUUACAAGUCAAGAUGUUAAGAUCUCAAGCUCUAAAGUAUGACAGGGAAGUUGUUAAUCAUGAUCAAAGAAAGCAUUAUCUAUUGGAGAAUUUGCCAUUGGAAGGUUGUGGUGUAAAGUCACCUCCGUAUUCUACUGAUGGUCCAACAGAUAAAGUUAUGAGGAGAAAGAAAAGAAGAAGGCUUGAAGACACAACGGAUGUAACAUCAUAUAUGUCACAUCAUAAUCUGUUUUCUUAUUUUGAAAAUAGGAUUCACACUGCUGAUGGUGCUCAUGUGGAUGAAGAUUGGGCCAGUCGAGUUAACUCUGCAGACAAGAUCAGUGGCAAUGAUGAAUCUAAAGUCAGUGAUGAAAGGUUGUGGCUUGAAUUGGGGUUUGGUGAUAAUUCUUCAGAGGAAUUAUUGAGGAAGAUCUGGCUUUUAGAGUCACAACUUAGCAAGCUGAAGUUUAGACUUGACAAGGUAAUGAAUGAAAAUGCUGGAAAGUUUUCUUCUGCGGAUAACUUGGGCUUGGUUGUACCAUCUAAUUUGACCAGCUCUGCUCGAUCUCUUGCUUUUACUCCAAAUAAUGGGGACAGAAUGCCAGUAGGAUCUUCUAAUAUUGCAUCUCAGCUUUUGUCACACUAUAAUAUGGGUAAUGUGAUUAUGCCUGAAGGUGCAAUCUCAAGUCUUGGAGAAGUGUCCUAUAUCCCUGAUGUAACUGAAGGCAUGGAUCAGUCUCAUCUCGGGUGUGCAUUUAUAAAGAAUGAAGAUGAAAUAUUGAUAUAUGAUGAGAGGUUGAAACAAGAUAGAAACAAUUUUGAUGAAGUCCAUAUGCAGCCUAUGGAAAAGCCCCAGGUAGCAAAGGACGAGCCGCAUAGCACUGUCACUACAGUUAUUGCUGGACCUGACCAGCAAACAGAUAAUCAACCACCUCCAAAAGUACGGUCCAUUGCCAAGCUUACUGCCACCAAGAGCAGGAGGAAAAAGGGGAGACGGAAGGCUUCCUCUGGGAGGUGGAGCCGCAGAUCCUCCAGUUAGCUCUCACAUUACUACUCUUUUCAAUUGCUAAACCAGGUGGGAGGACGAGGAGUUUAAAAGUCCUGGCAAGUAGUGUACUCUACUGAGGAACUUGUAUAUGGAAUUCUAUUAUCGCACUAUAUUUUCCUAGUAUUUCUUUUUUUUUUUUUUGUAGAGAACCUGUACAUACCUGUUCUUGGAACUAGUUCUGUAUACGUGGAAUUUUCUAUUUUGCAUAAGAUGUGAUUGAGUAGAAAUUAAUAAGAUAGAUGUCCUCAGCGUAAUAUUUGACAACUUUAUUAACCUAUACGGUGAAUUGCACUCUUUUUAGGAUCAAAUUGGUGCUUGUAAUUCUAUCUCAACUGUUACCUUCUUAGUUUAGUGCAGUAACAGUUGCAGUUCCAGCCA